AUGUCAGACGAAAUCUACGAUGUCGUCGUCAUUGGCGGUGGCCCAAUCGGAUUGGCAGCUGCUUAUGAAGCAGCCAAAGAGGGUGCUAAAGUCGUUGUUCUUGAGCAAAACAAUUUCUUCAACCAUGCCGGGAGCUCUAAUGAUUUGGCUCGGAUGUUUCGAACAAUGUAUACGGAGGAUUACAUGGCCGAUCUUGCCAAAGAAGCCAUGGCCCUCUGGGAUGAUCUUGAGAGAGAUUCCGGUACGCCAUUGCGAUGGAUGAGCGGCCUCCUCAACUUUGGCGAUAAGGACUAUGGCGGGGAUACACCUGAAGGAACUUUGUUGGGGCCAAUUGCUAACCUGGACCGACUGGGGAUGACUUAUCAAGAGUUAUCUGCUAAGGAGAUCGAGGCACGCUACCCGUUCAAGAACCUCGACCCAAAGUACAUUGGUCUCUUCGCGCCAGACAACGGCGUCAUCAAUGUCCAGCUUCUGUUGAGGACGCUGUAUAAAUUGUCACUGGACUAUGGUGCCACUGCGAAACAGCAUACCAAAGUCCAGGCUAUCAAGCCUUCUAAACAUUCUCAUUACGCCUGGGAUGUUCACGCUGUUCGUCAUGAGACCGAAGAGGCGGUCUUCAAGGCAAAGAAGAUCAUUAUCGCCUCUGGUGCCUACGUGAACCAUGUUCUUAAGCCGAGCUUCGACAUCUCUCUCGACCUCGAUAUCUGGGAAAUGGUGUUUUCUUAUUUUAACUGCAAUGCAGGACCCAAAGGAACAAUAUUCCCUAGCAUGUGGUUCCAGUUUGCACCCGAUAAGAACGGCAGAUCACAGCUCUUCUAUGGCUUUCCAGCACUUCCAUGGGGCCCUCCGAAUCUUGCUCGCAUUGCCGUGGAUGCGGCCACCCGGCGGAUCAAGGAUCCCAACGAGAGACUUACAAGCACUAUUAACCCGGAGGAUAUUGCUGAUACACAAGAGUUUAUCCGCAAUCAUUGUGUCAACGUUGAUGCUACCAUUCCUGCGUUGACAUCGAGUUGCCUGCAGACCAAUGUGUUUGACAACAUGUUUGUUCUGGACUUUGUCCCUGAAAAGUAUCUCAACGGCGGAGCCAAAGACAGUGUAGUCGUCUUCACAGCCGGAUGGGCCAUGAAGUUCGUGCCAAUGAUAGGAAAGGCACUCGCUGACAUGGCACUCAAGGGAAGCUCUCCAUAUGCGCGUAAAGAAUUUGCCAUCACUCGCACAGAUUCAGCGACUGGGAAGGGCAUCAUUGUGGAAGGUGGAUCAGAGAACCGAUCGGUUAAGAGCAGCGCUUUUGUCUCUACUCACCAGGCAUCUGGUUCUUCGUUUGCUGGCCUCCACAACACUGCACGGUAA